CGCAACUCAUCGCCAGACAGGCCACCACCGCCAGCAUGAUCUGCCAAAGAUGCCUGCAACGGCUAUCACGACGCAAUCCAACAUCGACUCUCAGACAACCUUCGCGCUUCCUCUCCCAAACAUCCUCUUCUCGCGCCGAAGCCGUCACCCUUCAAACCACACAAGCCACCAACCCUCGACCGAAUGACAAACCCGCCGCAACUUCCACCUCCGCAGCCCAGCCCUUCAGUACACCUCUCACGCCCAAUCCUCGCGCCGGGAAAUCUGAAUCAGCGAAACCGGUCACGAGGAUACAAUCGAGUGUGCCCGCGGGCACGGUGCUGAAGGGUUUGAAUUUCAUGAAGAACAAGCAGGAUCCUGUCGCGAUGGAGGAUCAUGAGUAUCCUUCGUGGCUGUGGGAGGUGCUGGCGGAGCAGAAGGAUUCCUCGAGUAGUAAAGGAGCGGAUGCGGAGGGAGAUUUGUUCUCGAAAUCCAAGAAGCAGCGAAGAAUAGCGGCCAAGGCGUUGCGGAAACAAAUGAUGGAUCCUGAAGCGAUGGCGACCAAGAUUCCACUAUAUGAGCAGACGAUCGAUUUGCCCAGAGGUGAUGGCACAUUAGGCGGAAACAAGGAGGCGGGACAAGCGAGGAAGGAAUUGACAAAGGCGAUGAGGGAUCAGAGGAGGAGCAAGAUCAAGGAGGCCAAUUUCUUGAAGGAGAUGCGGUAG